AUGAAACCGUUUUUUAUUGAAAAAAUCUUCCGCCAGCCUCUUUUACGGCGCACCUUUUCUCCGUGUCAUGUCAAUUAUGUUCGUUGUUUGGCCUCAAAGCCACGAAACACGAGUGAAUUGACUGGAGUGACAGGAAUCAAACGGAAAGGUGUCAAGAAGGAAAAGAAACAUGAUCCAGAUGAAGAAUUCAUGCAGCUGUGGAGUACUACAGAGGGAUAUAUACAAAAUGUUUUUAAAGAAAGAAGAACAGGGAUCAAGUCGACAAAGGAAAAUUAUAGAAAUACGUUUGUGACUCCAAAUGUCACCACCCUGCCCAUUGCAAGUGAACUGACUAAGGAGGAAAGAGACGACCUGCUCGAUGAUGAUGGGACGACAGAAUUCAGGAUUCCCACAGCAGAGGACUUUGCAAGGCUAACUCCAGUAUACAAGAGUUUGACAGAGGAGGAAUUAGAUGAUGAAAAAAUAUUUGGAAGAAAAGAUGAGAGGGAUGAAGAGGAAAGGGAAAAUAAGGAAGAAUCAGAUGUUAUUGAUACUUCUAAAAUUCUAUCAUUUGAAGACUUCAAUCUUCACCCAAAGCUUAUACAGAAGCUGAACAUUUUUGGCAUUGUCACUCCCACUGACAUUCAAAAACAAGCAAUACCAAUAGUUUUAAAGGGAAAGAGUGUUCUUAUUCAAUCAGAAACUGGAUCCGGUAAAACUAUGGUAUUCUUAUUGCCUACUCUGCAAUCUCCUGGAAAAACCUUUGGCACAAUAAUCAUUGCACCCACAAGAGAAUUGGCAAGUCAAAUGUUGUUUGAGGCUCGUCGUCUUCUCAGUGAUAAAGCUAUUGUGGAGUCUUUUGUGAGUUAUCCUAAAAUGUGAAAAAUGUAGCUUACAGCUCUAUGUAAUCUAAGCAUUUAUUUUUAUGUGGGUCAAAUUUAGUGGACCACUAAAAAGUUAUUGGCCUUUGAUAUAAAUGAAAAUCCUGUUUUUUGGAAUUUAGAUAAAAAGAAUCAAAAUUAUUUGCUUGGUUGCUUUUAUAAUCAGAAGUAGGUAUAGUGUAAUAGGUUUGUCUCAAAGAACGAGUGUCUGCUCUUAAAUCACAAGGAUGUGAUAGUUUUGUAAUUCUCCUCUUUAAUUGCUCUAUAUCCUUAUAACUUGUUAACCCUUGAACCUCUAAGAGUGACUAGCAUCAAAUUUUUCUUCUCAUUAUCACCUCUGCAUCAAACAUUAAGGUCCUGAGAAUAAAGGAAAUGAUUGCUAACUAAAGAGACUCUUGAACAAAUAGUUGAACAAACUCUUCUUGACAGCACCUAAGGAAAUGUGAAGAGAAUAGUGUGGAGAAGAUGCAAAUUGAUGUUAGGGUGUUGAAGGUUAACACUAUGAAUACAAUAACAGAAUACUGGUGUGACUAACAUUUUUAACACGGAAAAAGCACAAUAUCCCUUUGGGUAUCAAUGCAUCAUGAUUUUCGACCCAAUCAUUCUCUCGGCAAGUAGCUAUGUAUUAAAUUUUCAGGGAGGAUGGUUACUUUUUUUUCAGUUUUCUGUCUAAAAUAGGGUUAUAAAGUGCAAAUGAGAAUUGAUAGUCAUCUAACUCAAAGAGUUUCCCUACUCUUAAAACCUAAGCAUUCAUCCUUCUUAAGAUGAGAUGAUAUUAAUUUUUUUCUUUAUUUAGGUGAGUGGUGUGAAUUUGAGUAAACAGGAGGCAAGAUUGAAAGAUAAGGCAAAGAAACCUUUGAUAGCUAUUGGAACACCUAAGAGGAUUCUUGAAAUAAUUGAGAAAGAUCCUUCACUGGUGCAACGCUCUAAAAGGAUCAUAAUUGAUGAAGUGGACAAAGUUCUUUUGCCACUUCAUAGGAGGUCCUCAUUCAAGAAGCUCACUCAUCGGGCAAACUAUCCUAGAGCAGCUAAGACAGUGGUGGAAAAAGUUCUUCAGUUAUCUAAGGUGAAUUUAGUGAAAUUCAUCCUAUUGAUGUUCAAUCAGUCUCCUUCAUAUCACUGAUGACUGUGUGAAAUGCAGCAGCUUGAUCUUGAAGUUGAUGGUUGUAUUCUCCAAUGACAAAAAGUUUCUCUUUGCUUUGCUCUGGGAUAUAAAGCACUUCUUUCAUAGUUCCUCCCUACAUUUGGUGUGGACUUCUCUGUAAAAACUAAUUUUCUUCUAUUUCUAUCAGUCUUCUUCAUAUCACUGAUGACUGUGUGAAAUGCAGCAGCUUGAUCUUGAAGUUGAUGGUUGUAUUCUCCGAUGACAAAAGGUCACUCUUUGCUUUGCCCUGGGAUAUAAAGCACUUCUUUCAUAGUUCCUCCCUACAUUUGGUGUGGACUUCUCUGUAAAAACUAAUUUUCUUCUAUUUACCGCUAGAUUACUCUAUAGCAUUUUUUUCUGCAUUAGUUUGAUUUGUUUUUGCAUUUGGUUCAUUCUGUAUAAUGAUCUUUAAAUUAGUGUUAGUAGUGCUCAGUGAUUCUUGUAAAUCAGCUUAUGAUUUGUAAACUAAAUCCUAUGGUGUUGAUGAAUCAACUUUCUCAUAGCAGUUAUUAACCUUGUAUAUGGCAUUUUUCAAAGCUUUGGUAUUUACAAGUACUGGAUCAGUUUUAUAGGGCAUCAGGUCUGUUAGGGCAGAAAAAAAAAUCCUUUUGGCGAUCAGAAUUUUUCUGUCUCUUUUUUUAUCAAAGGUUAAGCACAUCCAGAUGAUUGGAGCUUCUGCAACUGUGAAUGAUGUUCUCCAAGAGGACCUGACAGAAAUUGGCUGGGGAGAUCAUGUCAAACUUAUACAGUCAUCCACGCUUGAAGGACGGCCUUGUAAAGUUCCUCCAUGCAUUAAACACCAAUAUGUUAUUUGUGAUGAGUCUGUGGGUCUUACCAAAGCACAGGCACUUGCCAGGUAAAAAAAUGACUGUGUAAUUGUAAAUUAUUCUAACACAUUAAUUUACAAUUAGGUUAAAACCUCUCAAGACCCUAGCAUCAGCAUGUACAAGGACAAUUUGGUUAACAAUCAAGAGCUUCUUUACUGAAGUGAUCAUUUCCUUUAUUCUUGUGACCUUGAUGUGUGAUUUAGAGGUAAUACUGUAGGGAGAAAUUAGAUGCUAGUCACUCUUUGUGGUUAAAGGGUUAAGUUAGUGAUCAUUUCCUUUAUUCUCAUGACCUUAAUGUUUGAUUUAUGGGUGAUACUGUGGGGAGAAAUUAGAUGUUAGUCACUCUUAGGUGUUAAAGGGUUAAGUUGGUGAUCAUUUCCUUUAUUCUCAUGACCUUAAAUGUUUGAUUUAUGGGUGAUACUGUGGGGAGAAAUUAGAUGUUAGUCACUCUUUGUGGUUAAAGGGUUGAUUGCAAUUUCUUCAUGUGUAGACUUAUUUUUUUUCUCAGAAGGGUUCUCUAGAUUUUUAAUGAAACAGUGAGCUGCAAAUAAAGGAAUUUUUUUUAAAGAUCUGUUCAACUCCAAAACAUGAGCUGCCAUUGUAAUUACAUCACAAAAGAUCACAGGCUGAUAUUUUUUCAAAGUCAAAGCAACUAGUCUUGCUGUGAUAAAAAAUUUAAAUUAUAUCACUGACAAGAUUAUUUUUCAUUUUAAUUACGUCCAAUUCCUAUAACAAUCCAUUUAUUCUCUUAUUCCUAAACAUAACCAUUGUAAGGACAAAUAAAGUGCAAAAAGUUUCUCACAUAUGUUGAUUAUGUCUUUCACAGAGUUUUCAGAGAGUCAGGCCAGAAAUCUGGUCUGGUGUUUAUUCACCGUCUUCAAUCAGUUGAUGACUUUGUCUGGGAGUUGAGAGACCUUGGACUAAAUGCUGUAGCACUGUAUCAAAAAGUUGCUAAUCAGGAUCCUGAGGAAUAUGAGAAAUUCCUCACAGAGUUUCAAACUGGACAGAUCAAUGUUGUGGUUGGCACAGAAGAAACAGUGAGAGGUCUGGAUUUCAAAGAAUUGGACCAUGUGUAUUUAACAGAAGUGGCCAGAAAUAUUGAUGCCUAUUUGCAUCAAGCAGGGCGAGUUGGCCGACAGGGGAGGCCUGGGACUGCUACAACAUUAGUUUCAGUACGAAAUCCAAGAGAUGAGAAGAGGAUGCAAAUGGAGUACCGUAGACUUAAUUUACCAUUUGAAAGGAUUGUUUUGUGAAGGGAUACAUUUAAUGGUGACUUGCAAAAUUUGUGAGUCAAAAUAUAUUUGAACAGAUACCACAUAAAAUUUUCUGUAUGCGUGCCUGCACUCAGUUUUGAGUAGUGGAACUCCAUCAACAACCCUACUAAACCUACCUGGAAGAGAGAGUACCUGGAAUACUGGUAACAUAUUUAAUAAACAAUAUAAUAUUCUUUUCAUCAGUAAUAUCACCAGCUGUACAUAG